AUGUGGGCGGCUUCCCUCCCCGUGGGAUGGUGUAACCUCGACGCCGAGGCCCAGGACGAGGCGUUUAACGAGAAGCAGCUGUUGGCGAGCCGGAACGAUUCCGAGCUGAAGAGCACGGCACAAGACCACGAGACGAAUUCCGAGACCGAAAAUAGCGCAGAGAUUUCCCGAUCGGCGACCCGCAAGCAAAUAAUUCGCACUUCGGAGUACGAUACCUUGGGGGACGCGAGUCCGCACUUCGCUAAUCAUGUACCAUUCCCGAUCGGCGACUCGCAAGCAAAUGAUUCACACCUCCGAGACGCGCCUCCUGUAGCGACAACCUCUAGCGACUCGGAGUAUACAGAUAGCCAGCCGGCCAUUGACGGCAAGCGCAAGCGGCUCACAUCUAUCAGCGCUACCUCGGGCUCAUUUUGCUACGGCGAAGAGGGCCAAGUUUGCGAGCCCCCUUGCUUGCGCUGUCUGGCGUUGGGCAAGAAGUGCCGCUCGCAGGCCGGCGGGCGCGCCUCUCCCUGCGCCCAGUGCCAUUAUGCGCAUCGUCAAUCCUGCCGGCCGUCGCCGCCCAUCAUGUUGAAAGCCAAGUAG